AUGAACCAGACCGUCAACGAGGAGCUUUCCCGCAUGGCGGAGACGCUGGAGUCCCUAAAAGCUUCUGCUAUAAACUCCAUUGAAGACGCGGUACCUAUACUAUCUCUCUUGCUCUCCAUCGCGCUUUUGGAGUCUGGCCGUCCUUUGGAUGCAGAACUGGUGUCAGAAUCUGUCUGCAGACAUAUCCUACACACUCGAGACCAUCUCUACGAGCUUUUGAAGGCGAAUAAGUACCCUUCUCCGCGCAUAAUUCAAUCUGCGUCAUUUCCUCUGCUUGUCUCUGGCUCUGCUCGCAAAUAUCUCGAAGAAACUCGGCCAUAUGUCGAGAAAUGCUCGUCUACCGGCGAGAUCUUUUCGCCUUGGCUUGGUCGCGGAAAAUACAGUGAUCCUGAUGUCGUUCGCCAUCUUGAUUCUUUGAAACUCCCCCGAACAGACGACUUGCAAAUUGCUAUGCACAAUCUCGGGAUGUUCAAACAGGACCCUGUGCUGAACGAACGCGUUGAGCGUCUGUUCUCUCCCAGCGACAAAUUUUUCAUCAACGCAUCCGGCACCGGAAAGUCCAGAUUAUGCCACGAGGGACUGUGUUCGAACUGGGGGCUUUACUUCACGUUCACACUCGGCCACAGCAAGCUGGGCAGCCACGACUUUGAGCUCGCCAUUCAAACGCAUUGUGGAUUUCGUGGAGGCUUCAAUGACACCGAGUUGGAUGAUCAGGCAAUGCGCGAGCAGAACUCUGCGUGCGCGUUACGAUAUUUUGGUGCCAUCCUGCUAGCACGGCUGCUUGUCUUUCAAAUGUUCCUGGAGACAGCCACAUCUGGCGAGGGGCUGAAAGCGGAACACAAGGCGCGCUGGCUUCAAACACAGCUGACGGCUCGCCGGUCCACGCGAGUUGGACGCGAUGCUUUUAGUUCACUGACCGACUUGCUUGUCGCCAAUGAUGCACCAUUCCUACAGUCAAAUAUCGACGGUGCUUUGCGGAAAAUACGCACAAUGAUUGGUCCUGACGAGCCUCUUUUCAUCGUCUUAGAUGAGGCUCAUAUUGCUUGCGAAACACUCCCGGACGCCUUUGGAGACGGCAAGCCCCUUCUUUGGGAAAUAAUACGCGGGUGGAAAGCUUUGACCCGAGAAACUUGCAAAUUCAUAUGCGUCGGUACCCGUAUCCCAUUCUCGAUGGUCGCCGACGGCUUUGACCUUUUUUCGGCAACUGGUUGCUUCGAUGAUCCCGACACACAUGAGGCCUAUAUCAACCAGUUUCUGCCUCCCAAGCUGCGCGAUUCGGCGUCAGGCCGACUCUUGGUCGCUCGGCUUUGGCGCUGGUGUCGCGGAAGGUACUCGUUAACUAACGAGUUCCUCUCCAUGCUCCUCCAAGAAGGACUUGAAUAUCCUCAUAAUUCUUUUUCGCAUUUCGUCGAGAAUGCGACCGAGCUUGCGCCCCUUGAUGCUCUCAAAACGAUCUUCGAAGAAGGUCUCGCGCGAGACCAUGUCUGGAAAUCAAGCACCAAUAGAAUAUCAGAUUUUUCCGAAAUCCCAUCAGACCACAAAGAGCUCUUGCUUGAGAUCCUCUAUAGCUAUAUGUCAACACACGAGGGCCGCCGUUUCAAUGCCGGCGAAUACCCUGCGUUGGUCACCAACGAAGGCUGUGCUCGUUUCAUAGACGGGGAGGAUCUUCAAAUCGGCCUGGAUGAGCCAUUAUACCUGGUUUGUGCCGCGCGCCAAUUGUUUCCGUUCCCGAUGAAGGCGUACUUGCGAGAUCGGCCACAUCACUACCCUUCGACAUUCAUCACCAGUCUUCGUCUCAACCCUCCAACAACCAGAAAGAGUCUAGCACAUUGUCUUGCGUUCUAUAUAACGCAAGUGUUCGGCGAACCGCGCUCGUUACUCGAUAUCGUCGACUUUCCGCAUGCUGUUCCGCCAUGGGCCCGUCAAACGGCCCAACUUGUGAGGUUGUUUUUGGACGAGCAGGGCGACCGCCAAUACCAGAUGGUCCUGCCUAAUGCCUACGAGUCUGUAACGCCGCUUGCGACGGUGACAACGACCUUGGAUGAAACAACUCGAUGGAUCAGCCACGAGUACGGGACUGCUUUCUGCAUACCAUCUUCUCCUAACAUCGACUUGCUCUACGCUCUCAAACUUGCGGAUAAUUCAUUCAUCUGGGUCGCUGCUCGUCUUUUUGCCACCGAUGAACCUGUAAUGCCGGACGCUCUGGAUCCUGCCAUUUCACUCUUGGAUAUCGACAGUCUUUUCGUUGAGACCACUGUGGAUUUCGCUACGUCAAGGCGUGCUGCAGACGGCUUACGAUCGCUGUCUGGAGUUCGACAACGACCUUGUGUUUUGCGCACCAUCUCCAGUUUUCCUGUCGAAGUUGACCUUCGCACAAGUGUCGAUAAACGCUUGCGGGACGUCGCAGCCCUCAGUCUCACCAAACUCCGGCUCCAAGAAUGUCAGGUUAUGCAGGAAGAUUUUUUUGCCGCUCUGGUCAACGGCGUCAUUGCUGGAACUAAACGUAAAUCUAGAUGGGAUGAUGGUUCCAUGCAUGUAGAGCGCAAGCGGGCAAGAAACAUUGUGGAGAAACUCAAAGCCGCCCAGCAGCUGGACGAGGAUGAUUUGGACUACCCAGACCCAAAUGCCCCUCAAUAUGACCCUACCAUUACUUGGGAUGUGCGAGUGGAGGACCUUUGGGAAAGGGAAGCUCGGUCUUCGUCUACUCGUGGAGCUGUCCAAGCCUUACCAUCUCCGCGCAAACCCAGAAAACAAAAAUCACAGCCUUCAAAAGCUAAACCGGAUGUGCCAGUGUCCAAGGCAAAGAGCAGCAGAAAACCACCAACAGCCCGAGCUGGGAAGCCGCAUAGAUAG